UCGUUACUUCGUCGAGCGAGAAAGUCAGAAAAACGUUUUGUCUAUUGGAGAGAGUUUUCCACGAAUCUACAACCGUGUUCGGCCAUAUUGAAUCUAUGUACACCGUCGAAGCUGUUGAUCGUGCGUGAAAGUGAAGUCAAAUGUCCAUUCACCGGAGUUUCCUGUCUUUUCGGUAGCGAGAGGUGAGAGAACCGGAGGAUAUCCGCUCCGUACAACACGCGGUGCUAAAUGCCGGUAUGAUUUCGAAAAUAAAACGGGGGCCCUCUAGAACGUUUUCUUCCACGGUGAGAAAUUUUCAAGGAUAGCUAGGAGACACGCUCGCGUUCGUGUGGGUGUACGGACGUUCGUGCUUGUGUGACACAGAGUACGCACAGUAGGUGAGGUCAUAUACCCAUCCACUCGUACAGGUGGUUCCUCCUCCAUUCACGCCGUACAGUCACUCCGUAAAGCGAGUGCACGACACCUUCUCUCAGGGAAUCCCGGCUUAAUUUUCAUUAGUGCAUCCCGCUAUGAUGAUCGAUAACGCGUUAUCUAUUAAAUGCUCAGUGACGAUCGUGCUGGUGUUCGCGGUCACAGCUACGUACAGUAAUUACACGGACAUUGAUCUGCCCUCUGAUCACAUCAAGUAUUACUUCAACUCUUUUCCCACGGUGGCCGAAGAGUGCCGCAAUAAUACCGCCUGUCCGUACAAGGAUAGCCUUGAUACCAAAGCUUGUUGGGGUUACGAGCCGAAUUGCAAAGCCGAAAAUACUUUUUCCGUUCCUCAAUGUCCAGGUGAUCACAGAGGAUGGGUGACAACGAAAAAAGCACAGGUAGAGACGUUUUACGCUCAAGGCGAUUUCGGCUACGUACGCGACCAAAGGAAAGAAAUGUUGAUCUUCUGCGAACCAUUGUUCGUGGACGACUCGUCCCUAGAAUGCUCGGAGCACAUGAGAUUUUGUAGAGCAAGGAACGUAAUGAUCAAUUUCACGGAUUUACUCCAAAGAAAGGAACCUAUACGAUACAAGAUGGAUGUGCUGAAGGAUGGUCAGAUUGGAGGAUACUGCACAUUAAACGAAAAGAGACUGCAAGACAAUACCGACCAUAUCAGCCCGCUUCAGUCUUGGGGACCUGAAUUGCGAAACUUUCGCAAGUUACCACGACCGCCGAUCGUCAACAACGACUGUGAUAUCGUUAUCGAAAAGCCAACGUUCAUAAUGAAAAUAGAUGCUAUAGUAAAUAUGUAUCAUCAUUUUUGCGACUUUUUCAACUUGUACGCGUCAUUGCACGUAAACCUCUCGCACCCCGCCGCCUUCAGCACUGAUAAUCAUAUAAUGAUCUGGGAAAGCUACAGCUACCGUUCUGCGUUCCAAGACGCCUUCGAGGCUUUCACGAGGAACCCGCUGUGGGAUUUGAAAACGUUUCGCGGAGAAACCGUUUGCUUCAAGAAUCUCGUGUUCCCCUUAUUGCCGCGCAUGAUUUUUGGUCUCUACUAUAAUACACCUCUUAUUUAUGGCUGUGAGAACAGUGGAUUGUUCAAAGCCUUUGGUGACCACGUGUUACACAGACUACGCAUACCUCUUCACGAAAGAAAGAACCAAAGGAUACGAAUCACCUUGCUCAGUAGGGACACUCAGUAUCGGAAAAUUCUCAACGAGGAUGAAUUGGUGAAUGCUCUGAAGGAAAACCCGGAGUACAAAGUGAGAAAGGUAAUUUAUAAUAAGAAGGUACCAUUCAAGAAGCAGCUAGAAAUUACGAGAAACACUGAUAUUUUUAUCGGUAUACACGGAGCUGGAUUAACGCAUCUAAUGUUUUUGCCGGAUUGGGCUGCGUUGUUCGAGAUAUACAAUUGCGAAGAUCCAGGAUGUUACAAAGAUCUUGCUCGUUUACGCGGUGUAAAGUACUUCACGUGGGAAAAUGCCUCGAAGUUGGUGCAACAGGAUCCCGGCACACAUCCUGACGGAGGGGCACACGCAAAAUUCACAAACUAUAGUUUCGAUGUUAAAGAAUUCUUGCGCAUAGUUUCACAAGCUACGAAUUACGUGAAAAAUCAUGAUUCGUUUAAAAAAUUUAUGAAUAAAAGAAUACAACGUAAGGGAACGGAAACGAAAAAUCAGACUAGACCGAUAAACGAUGUAAAAGAGAGUGCAGCUUUCAAAUCGAAAGAGAUGGCUGAAUUAAAAUCUGGUGUUCAACCCAAAGAUGAAUUAUAA